GUCCAGCCGGGGUUGGUGUAGAGUUGAACUCACCCAAGUCUUGCCGCCUUGUACUAACUAGAUGGGGUUGAAGCCUUCUUGCUUUACAUCCACAAUGAAACACUUAUCACACCUUGAUACCCUCAAUGGCUCCACAAUGAGAUUUUUUGUUGCUCUCAUUUUGAUAACCUCCUCAACCACACCAUUUUAUUGUUUAGGAUCACUACCACCUUGAUGAUAUAAAUUAGUAGCCUCUUCCACAUCGACUUGGUACCAUCCUCGUCUCAUUGAAUAGUUUGCAUCAUUGACUUGCCAACCACCUCAAUGAACAAACAUUUUAGCUAGGCCUCGUUAGCCACCUUGAUGGGCUGAGAGCUUAGUCCCUUCUCCUCCACCAAAACUCCACAUUUAGUUGUGGGGAACUUGUCAUGGUGUUAACUUAUCAUCACGGUACAAGCCCGUCUUUUGGACUUGAUACCCUAUCGCCCUGCUGACAAGUUAGUUUUACCAUCUUGUUAGCAUGAUUCUAAAAAGCAAGUCUAGACACUCGCCUAAACUUUCCUAGCCGCAAGCCAGAAGGAAAACACAUUACAUUGGCAAAAAACCGUGGAGAAGGCGUCACAAUCACAUUGUAGCCUCGGUGGCGCCUAGUCAGCAUUGAGUUGUGCCUCAAAAUGAUGUCAACUUGUCAUUUUUUCUACUUUUUGAUAUGAUACUGGGUAAGACGGUCUCAAUUCCCACAGUUAAGCUAAAAUAUAUUUAGAGACGACCAUUCUUUCUUUUUUGCUCUUCUUCGUCUCAAUAUGCGUGCUAUUUUCCAGCUUCUUCUUCCUUACUCAUUUCUCCACACUAUGUUAUAUGUUUUACCAUGUGUUGAUGAAAGUUUUGAAUUUAGAGGCGGAUGUGAUGAUAUUUGGUUCAUAAACUUGUAAUUCUAUGCAAGUGAAAAAUAUUACGGCUAUUACCACUACAACACCCGAACUAUCCUGAAAAUGCCACUUGUGUCCUAUUGUUUCCAAUAUUCCAUAUGUGUCCUGAACUAUGAUACUUUGUGCCAUUUGUAUCCUGGCGAUUUCGUUGACCGUUAUCUCUAACGGUUGACCUGACGGUGGUCAAAGAGAUGUUGACUUUUGCUGACAUGGAAGAAAACGUGGCAUCCACGUAGAUGCCACAUCAUACCACAUAUAAUUUUUAAUUCAAAAUCAAAAUAAAAUGCAAAAUAAUUAAAAAAUCACUUUCUACCCACCGUCGCCUUCAACCCGCUCCCCGCCCUCAAUUCUAUCCAUCGGCGCCACCUUCAAAUCCCUUCCUCAAAUCAGCAUCUAUGGCAACGAUAUCUCGUCGCCGCCUUCCCCCACGACAAGCUUCUCUUACAACGACCUCGCUUCCUCAACCCUCUCCAUCUGGAAUCUAUCACCAUCGUUGAAAGUUCUUGAAUCCGAAUCGAUGACGUUGAAGGAGAAGGAGAAGGCAACAGUGGCUGUGGCUGUUUGGCUAGGGAUUGGGACUGGGAGGAGUUCUUUGCGGCGGCGGAUCCUGCUCGGGCAAGGAAUUGGGAACCUUGGAUGAAGUGUCGAUUGGACUGGAGGGCGGUAUGGUUGUUGGCUCGCUGCCUGGAUAGGAAUAUCCAUGGAGAGUGGAAAGAUCUGGAGCUGCCGCCGCUUCCCAUCAACCACGUAUCGAUCGAAUCUUGCCGCCGCCAACUAGGCUUCUCGUUCUUCGCCGAUUUUGAAUCCACCAUCUCUUCGACAACGACGAACAGUGGAGAAGAUCUGGAUUACGACGAAAACGGUGACGGUGAGUGCGAUGAUCGCCACUUGGAAGGCGCCGUCCGUCGCCAUGGAGAGUGGAAAGAUCUGGAGCCGCCGUCGCUUCCCAUCGGCCACGUAUAGAUCGGGUCUCGCCGCCGCCAACUGGGCUUCUCGCUCUUCGCCGAAUUUGUAUCCACCAUCUCUUCAACAGCAACGAACAGUGGAGAAGAUUUCGAGCUCUCUGGACGCCGAUCAGAUAGGGAGUAGUGGGUGGAUGAGAACGGUGACUUCCAACAGAGCCGUCAAUCUGGAGCUCGGAGAGGGAAGGGGAUUGAAUUAAGGGAUUGAAUCUGUCGAUUGUGAGAUGGGAGAGGGAGAGGGAAAGAUUUUGGGAUUUUUCAUUUUGUUUUCCUUGUUUUUAUUAUUUUAGAUGGAAAAAUAAAUAAAAAUUGAUAAUGAAAAUUCCACGUCAGAUGCCAUGUCAACGCUGACUGGAUUUUCUGUUAAAUACUAACGGUCAACACUAACAGAAUAAUAGUUCAGGACACAGAUGGAAUAUUGGAAACAAUAGGACACAAGUGGCAUUUUCGGAAUAGUUCGGGUGUUGUAGUGGUAUUAGCCCAAAAUAUUAUGCUACGUUUACAUCUAAUGCUUAGGCACGCGUAGGCGACACCUAAGCAUGCUAGGCACAAGGCAGAGCCUCAACGCUCGUCUUACAACUAGCGCUUUCUUGAACCUUGCUUGUUAGUAAGUCCCUCCUGUCAUCUUGGUACCCUAUCAACUUCCCACCAAACCCUAUCUUGCCAACAUAGUCUCCAUAUGGCCCUCAAAGGGCUCGACACCAAGUAUCAUCGACUUGGUACCUUUGUUAAAAAUUCUCCACCCCCCGAGGUUCUAUACUUAGUCUUGAGAAGUUAUGAUUGUUGCAUAACCCCCUACUCGAUGAGCCAGUCACCAAGCAUUGGAAAAUAUCUUGACAUCUUGUCGCUAUGCUGGCUUGGUACCCUGCUAGCUCACCACUAGAGGUGGCAAUUUCAAUCCAAUCCACCAAUCCAAUCCAUCAAUCCAUUAAAAAUAUCCAACUAAUCCAAUCCAUUUAAAUCCAAUCCAUUUUAUCUAAAUCCAAUUGGAUUGGUGGAUUCAUGGAUUGGAUCCAUGGAUCAUUGGCAAAUUACGAUUUAGUACCUAUAAUUUUUAUUUUUUACAUUUUGGUACCUAAAAUUUAAUUUUUAUACGAAAAAUAUCAUUGGAAAAUUACGUUUUGGUACCUAAAUUUUUCAUUAUGAUAUUUUAGUACCUAAACUUUUUACAUUUUACAUAUUGGUCCUUGGUUGAGGAUGUCAUUUGGAUUCAUGGAUAAUCCACCAAUCCACUUGAUCCAAUCCAUGAAUCCACCAAUCCAUUUGAUCCAAUCCAUUUGAUCCAUGAAUCCACCAAUCCAAUCCACCAAUCCAAUCCAUUUGCCACCUCUACUCACCACCAAGCCCUUAUUGUCGGCUUGAUCUCCAUAGUUAGUUUUUUUGGUUUCAUUUUGUCAAGUUGAUAUCUUAGACUUGGUACCUGGAUGUCUUGCCAUAAAGUUGUGUCACAAAUUUGAUACCUCAUCACCUUAUCAGCUUGAGAUCCUGUCAGUUUGCCACCAAACUCGUCUUAUUGGCUUGGUACACCAACAUUAGGAUUCCAAGUUUUGUCUUUUGGAGCCAAAUUUUAUAUUGAAGGGCUUGGUACAUGUUUGCAUUGAUACCUAGCCUGUUGAAAACUGGCUGGUCACCUAUGCAAGAGAGAGGUGGCCGCCUAUCAUUAAGGGUUGAUCGGCCACUCAGGUUAGUGAAAGGGAGUUUGGCCAGUUGCACCCAAAGAAGAGGGAGUUUGGCCACUCAAGUUAGAGAUGUUUUUAUACUUUCGAUACAUUUUGGGUAGUAUUUUUUUUUUGUUGUAUUUUCAUGCCAAAACACCCAGUGGUACACCUUGUAUGAGUUGGAUAUAUCAAGACCCAAUUACUGGAAGUUAGAAGUGAAGCUGGAGCCCAAAACCAAAAAUGGCGACCUAGAUUGUCGACCAAAAUCCCGAAUGGCGCCAAAGGCGCCAUUUUCCAGAAGGUGGAGAUCAUCUUGAUUUCACUCGAAUAUUCUUUCCUUGGAGGUUAAGCUAAAAAUAUUAUGAAGAUAUGCAAGCAAAUGAGUUUUCGCCCUACAAUAUAUGUAAGAAAGCCUA